CACACGAAGAAGAGACCAAAAUAUUAGGCGGUAAUAAACACGGAAGUAAACAACAGUUACUUGUUUUUUUGGAAACUUUAUUCUACAGUUAGUCAGAACGCCGGCUUUAUUCAGUAAUUAUUGCGUUAAAAAGGUGUUUAUUUUAUUCUAAGACCGGUGUAAUAAAGGUAUAAGAGUGUGUGAUGUAAAUAUUUGAGUUAUUGAGACUUAAAAGUCAGUAUUAGCAAGUCAGUAAUACGGAUUGUAGGCAGUUUUUGAGCCGAAUGGCGGCCCGUAACGCCCCUGAGUCUGAGUUGUUGAGUGUUUUGGAGCAGCUCCGGUCCUCCAUUACGCUCCGUUUUAAACCCGUGACCCCGCUGCGUGUCCUCGUCCUCGCGCUGGACCGUUAUCUCGGCGCUCGAGCUGCUCCUGACAGCUACAGCUACGACGUGACGGUGACCGACGGCACAUGGCGCGUGAAGUGCUCCCUGUGCGCGGGGCUGAACCGCUCGGUGCAGCUGAACGCGCUGCGCUGCGGCUCCUGUGUUGAGAUCCAGCUGCUGUCUGUAGUUCACGAUGAGACGCGGCUCCAGGGCGCGUGUGUGUGUAUAGACGAGCUGCGGCUCGUUUUGUCCGACACACGCGUGCUGAUGUCGGUUACAGACCAGGAUGCGAUUCGCUGGUGGACGCUGGAGGCCGUCGGUCCUUCUGUAACGGCGCUCACCGACGUCCCUCUGCGGUACAACAGGAAACAUUAUUUAUCUCUGUGGAACAACGAAGAUCCGCACGGCGCGGUUUGGGUCCCUCACACUCCUCCACGGGAUGUGCAGAUAGACGUAUCCAAGAUUGCUUUUCUGAGUGAUAUGGAGUCAUUCUUGGCCAGACAGCCGUUACCUCUGCUAGUCCGAGUGCUGCACAGAUCUCGUUUACGCUACUACGGAAAACCUGAAAAAAACAUUGACUUCCCCUUUCAGGCGUAUUUCGAGGUGGCCGAUCAGAGCGGCGUCAUGUCCAUGGUCCUGUGGAAUGACCUGUGUCCUGAAUGGUAUCAGCGGCUGGUCGUGGGUUCGGUUCUUUAUUUGCAGAAUUUCACACUGAAACCCAGCUACCAGAACCGCUCCAGACCUCAGCUCAACAACCUGCCUCUCAUCUUCUACAAGUCCACAGAGAUCUGCUUGAACCCUCGGAGUCCGACAGCUAUCAUCACUGUAAUUCCUCAUAAAAGCAUUCAGCCUCAGUGGAACCUACCUGCCGUCACCUACAAUUUCUCUAGCAGACGUGAGGUCGAGAGGCUGGAGAAUAACCAGGCGUGUGACAUCAUCGGCCUGGUGAUGUACGUCAGCCGCGUCGAGCGAAUCAGGAACAGAGGACACGCACGUACGGUCCCAGAGACUUUCUGGACACACCGGUGGGUUCAUGCAGUGGACGGAACCUCAGACUCUCCCUUUAUCCUGGAGAUUUUUGCCUCUUCUCAGCCUGAGAUCUUUAACAGCAUCUGUCCCAUGUCGAUUCUCAUGUGUACUCACAUGCGUGUGUGUCGAGAGAGAGGUUCAGACUCGGGCUCAGGUUCAGACUCAGGUUCUGCUUUUUACCUGACCAGCAGCGCAGAGACUCAGCUCUUCAUUACAGGCUGUCACAGGAAGCAGCCGUAUGUGCACGACCCAAAGGUCAAAACUUUCAUCGAAUGGACGAAGACUUUGAAGGACAGUGUAGUACAAAGGAAGACUGCGGUGGGGGGUUAUUACUGUUACCCUCCUCCCCCAAAAACCUUCACACCAAAUACCAGCAGCAGUGGACCGAGUGAAGACUCGUUAAUACCCGUAGGGGACCUACGGAAGGAGUUAGAGAACCUGCAGUACCGGGAACACAAGCGAGUGGCGAUACAGUGCCGCAUCGCCGCAGUGCAGUACCACCGGUGGCCGAACCCCACGCCUCAGAGCGAACAGGCGGAUCACGACUUAUCGGGUGGUGCCAGAGCCUCCACCUCUUCCUUCAGCGCCGGAGCACAACAGAGCGAGACGUCGUCGGCUUCGUCAAGUAGCGAAGCCACGCGGUCUCUUAAGCGGAGGAGAGUAGAGCAAGCAGAGCAGAAGCAGUACUGGACCAGAGCCAAGCGAAAGUUCGAAAGACAGGAAAAGCCAGCUGAUCCCCAGGAGGACGAGGAGGCCGACAGAUCGCCCGACGAAGAGGAAGGUGCAAGACUUUACACGCCGUCACCUCAACCUGCGGACCACAGCGAGACAGGAAGCACACCCGACACACAGGGAUCUUCCUCUCACCCCGCUGCAUCAUGGGAGAGCAGCGUGUGGUCGUUACUCAGGCAGGACGUCACGGAUCACGUGUGCUGUGGCUCUCUGGAUCGCGACAGCGUUACGGAGAAAUUCAGUUUUGACGACCGAGACCCCAUCCUACACAGGAUCAACCUCAGCCCUGCGAAGUGGAGCCCUGAGCAUCCGUCAGACACCAGCUCGGGCACACACACACCCGCCUACUUAACAGGAUACCUCACGCUCACUUUGCUCGGAUUGAAUCAGCAGGCGGCGGUCGACUCCUUCUUCCUCCCCACACUUUGUGCCGAGGAUCCGCGAGCGGUCGGGACGUCCUCGGGUCUCCAUGACAACACACUGAUUUCAUGUCUCUGCACAGGUCGCGUCUGUCCUCAGGCCAACUUCUCAGUAGAGACGUUACUGAGCUCCGCCUCAGCCCUGGAGGACGAGCGGGUGGUGUGCGUGUUGGACGUGUGUCUGCUGGGUGACAACCGGUUCGAGAUUGUCUGCUCUAAAGUGUACAGGAGCGCAGAUAUCAUUAGAUCCACACCCGUGUUCAGGGAGUAAACUCAUCCCAGUUCUCUUACUUUCAUACCUUACUAAAGCAGGGGGCAAAAAAUAUUGGAAAUGUUUCCACAAAGGUCCUCUUCAUAAUAUAAUGCUGUUCAGUUCAAUAACCCACAAAAGCAUUCAGGUUUGAUUCUGUUAAAUCAAGCCACAAUUACAUUUAUAAUUUAUUAAUUAUUAUUAUUUUAUUUUAUUCAGUUCCGGUUUGCAAAAUAAAAUGUUUAAUGGUUCUGCAUUUCAUACGGUACAGAAUUUAACCUACAGGAAGUUAAAGAAUGCAGCCAAAUAAAAUUAAUUUAUUGAGGUA